GGAAAAUUAAGUGAUAUUGACAUUUAUCCCAUUAAUUAAAUAGAAAUAAGAGUAUUAUUGUAGAUUGUGGAAUUAUUACGCUUUUUCAAGAUGCCGCUGAACUUACAAUCAGUCCGGCAGUAUUUGAAUGAACUGAGGAAUUCUGGAGGAUUACACAAAGAUCAAGCAGAAAAGUAUCGCAAUGUUCUUAUGGAGAUACUCAAAAAUCCUGAGGGUGAUUUAGCAGACUCGCUCAAAGCAUUUGUGGAAGCAAUUGUGAAUGAGAAUGUGAGCCUCGUGAUCUCCCGACAGCUGCUGACGGAUGUCAGUACACAUUUGGCCCUAUUGCCAGACCCUGUGUCACAGGACGUCUCACACUAUGCAUUAGAUGUCAUACAACCAAGAGUCAUCUCAUUUGAGGAACAGGUUGCAAGCAUCAGACAACAUUUGGCCGACAUUUACGAACGCAACCAAAACUGGAAGGAAGCUGCAAAUGUACUAGUUGGAAUUCCUUUAGAGACUGGACAAAAGCAGUACACAGUAGACUACAAACUAGAGACUUACCUAAAGAUCGCGCGCCUCUACCUGGAGGUGGACGACCCUGUGCAAGCGGAGGCCUACGUCAACAGGGCUUCGCUGUUACAGGCGGAGACCACUAAUGAACAGCUGCAAAUAUAUUACAAAGUGUGCUACGCACGAGUCUUGGAUUAUAGGAGAAAAUUCAUAGAAGCGGCGCAGAGAUACAACGAGCUCUCGUACCGCAACAUCAUCCACGAGGACGAGCGCAUGACGUGCCUCCGCAACGCUCUCAUCUGCACCGUGCUGGCCUCCGCCGGUCAACAAAGAUCCAGAAUGUUAGCCACGUUAUUCAAGGACGAGCGCUGCCAGCAACUACCCGCUUAUUCCAUCCUGGAGAAGAUGUACCUGGACCGCAUCAUCCGCCGCUCCGAGCUGCACGAAUUCGAAGCUCUCAUGCAGACGCAUCAAAAGGCGACGACGCCGGACGGCUCGUCGAUCCUGGACCGCGCCGUGUUCGAGCACAACCUGCUGUCGGCGAGCAAGCUGUACAACAACAUCACGUUCGAGGAGCUCGGCGCGCUGCUCGAGACGCCGCCGCCGCGCGCGGAACGCAUCGCCGCGCACAUGAUCUCCGAGCAGCGCAUGAACGGGCACAUCGACCAGAUCAGCGCGAGGGUGCAUUUUGAAACCCGUGAGAUCCUACCGCAGUGGGACAAACAGAUCCAGAGCCUGUGCUACCAGGUCAACAGCCUCAUCGAGAAGAUCGGCGCCGCCGAGCCCGAGUGGAUGGCCAAGAUCGUCGAGGAGGAGAUGAUACAGUAAUCGUGAAGA